AUGCUAACCCAUAUUUUCACCCAUUAUUUGGAUAUUACGUACUCCGCUACCUUCAGCCACGACAGAAAUGCUUAUCUCUCUGUUUAUGGCUGGACCAGUAGCCCUCCGGUCGAGUACUACAUCCUCGAGAAUUAUGGAGACUAUAACCCUGGCUCGGCCAUGACCGAGGUCGGAACCCUCACCAGUGAUGGAUCCAGCUAUACCAUAUAUACGAACACCCAGACCGAUCAGCCCUCCAUUGAAGGCACCUCUACCUUCCAGCAGUACUGGUCUAUCCGUUCCAUCACCCGUUCUAGCGCAACCGUUACCACCGCCAACAGCUUCAAUGCUUGGACCAGCUUGGGAUUGGAUCUCGGUACUUUCAACUACCAGAUUCUCUCCACUAAGAGCUACGAGAGCAGCGGUUCCUCCACUGUUACUGUUUGUGGAGGCUCCUCUGGUUCCUCCGGCACGAUGCCUAAGCCGUCAGGCAGCAUAUCAAGCUAG